AUGGCCUUUAUCAAGGAUUACGCAAAUAUAUCAGUACCUCUAUACGAACUCACAGAAAGAAAGAACUUCAGUUGGCAGGCAUUACAGAAGGAGGCCUUCAACGAGUUUAAACAUUUUUUGGUAACUACAUCUGUCCUGGCGUUUCCAAAUAAGGAAGAUCAAUUUGUGCUCGACACGGAUGCCUCCGACUUAGUCAUUGGAGGUGAACUCUCACAAAUACAGGAAGUAUCAAGUUCGGGAGUGUAUAUUCAAGAUCCGCCUGAGCAGGCACUGAAAGAGCUUCGUUUAUCUGCAUAUUCUGCACCCGAUAUCAAAGCUUCUCAAGAGAAGGAUCCGGAUCUUGUAGCACUACGCGACUGGCUAGAGAACGGUCAUGAGUUGUCAGAAAAUGAUAUAUUCUUGUCUGAUAGAGCCGUAAAAUAUUACUGGAUAAAUCGGGAGCGGUACUAUUUGGACGCAGAUGGCGUGUUGAUGAGGAAAUCAGUGGAUCCAGGGGGAGACCCGAUUUUAAUUGUGCCUCUAGAUCAGAGGAAGGAGGUUAUCUCCUUGUGUCAUGAUAUACCGGCAAGCGGUCAUCAAGGAAUAAAACGAACCGAGGAGAGAGUGCGGAGGAACCACUAUUGGACCAUUGCCUUGUACUGCACGUGGAAAGAAUUCAUCCUUAUGAUUGUUGAUCAAUUCUCGAAAAGGGUUGAAUGCAUACCAUUACCAUCACAGACUGCAGAGACUACUGCUGAAGCUGCCGUAAACCAGUUCUUCUCUCGAUUUGGCUACCCCUUUCAAAUCUUCACAGAUCAAGGACGCAACUUCGAAAGUAAACUCUUCAAGUCGAUUUGUGAGGUCUUGCGUAUACACAAGAGUCGAACCACGGCAUAUCAUCCUUCUGCAAAUGGUCAAGUAGAGCGUUACAACAGGACGCUAAUGGACGCGGUCAGGUGUUUCAUCCGAUCACAGGAGGAGUGGGACUUGUAUCUACCCCAGUUGGCUGGAGCUCUCCGAUGUUCUGUAAAUCGGCUACCAAAAGGGGACAAAACCCUAAGCUCCAACCAGCAUGGAAAGGACCAGGGGUGA